AUUCAAAAAAAAAAACACACACGGGACGGAUCAAACUAACCCUCUAUUUCCCCCCUCCUCCCGCUAUUUUACUUUCUAAUUUUAUAUAAACCCCCACUCUAGUCAUGGCUCCCGAUCUCAAGGAAUACGAUGAAGAGCAGGUCCGCCUUAUGGAGGAGAUGUGCAUUCUUGUCGACAGAGAUGACAACCGCUAUGGUGCCGAAUCGAAAAAGACGUGUCAUUUGAUGGAAAACAUCAACAAGGGAUUGUUGCAUCGUGCAUUCAGUGUCUUUUUGUUCGACUCGCAAAACCGAUUAUUGCUUCAACAACGUGCAAGUGAAAAGAUCACGUUCCCUGACAUGUGGACCAACACUUGCUGCUCUCAUCCAUUGAGCAGGGAAUCUGAAAUCAUUGAGGAGAAGCAACUGGGUGCCCGUAAUGCUGCUCAACGUAAGCUUGAGCAUGAACUCGGCAUUAAGCCCGAACAGGUGCCGCUGGAUGAUUUCAAGUACUUGACGCGUAUUCACUACGUUGCUCCCAGUGAUGACGUAUGGGGAGAACAUGAGAUCGACUACAUCUUCUUUAUCAAGGCCGAUGUGGAUCUGGAUGUCAGCCCCAACGAAGUACGCGACACUAAAUACGUGACCCCGGAUGAGCUUCGUGCCAUGUUUGCUGAUACGAGCGUUCCAAUGACGCCCUGGUUCAAGCUUAUCUGUGAGACUUUCUUGUUCAAAUGGUGGGACAAGCUCGAGACGAUCGAGACGGAAAGAGAUGAAAAGACGAUCCAUCGCCUUGGUUUCUAAAAGCGAAACUUUUAUCCUAUUACCCCCCCAAUACCCUUUAUUUUCUUUCCUCUCCUCUCACUUUCCCCACCUCCCCUUUUUUUUUUGUUUAAAAAACAAACAUCCUCCAUAUAGCACGCACCGUUGGGCCAAAAGGUCUUUCUUGACUAUCUAAUACAACAACAGUAUUUCUCGCGAGUAAAUAUAAAACAGAACGAAUGGAUUCGUCUCGGUAGCAGCUGCUAAGCAGUUAGAACUCUUUAGUUACUACAUAAGAGCAGUAAGCUAAUCAUCUUAGUUUUGCUCUCUUGCUCUUUGUGUCACCAUGGUUGCAAAAAGAA